AUGACGAGGACGAUGACGUCCGCGACGCGACACGGCGAGCGGCGCGUUCGCGCGCUCGCCACGGACGAGGCGUCGACGAGCGAGGACGUGAGGUAUCACGCGUGGCGAGGACACAGAGUGGCGUAUCGCUCGAGUGGGACGAGCGGACCGGCGAUCGUGCUCGUGCACGGGUUCGGGGUGUCGAGCUACCAGUUUAGAGAUAACAUCGAGGCGCUCGGCGAACGAAACCGCGUGUUCGCGAUCGAUCUCGUGGGGUUCGGCGCGAGCGAUCAGCCCGAUGUCGCGUACAACAUGGAGUUUUGGCGCGAUCAAGUGAUCGACUUCGUGGAAAACGUCGUGGGCGAGCCCGCGGUGCUCGUCGGGAACUCCAUCGGUUCGCUCGCCGCCGUGCACGUCGCCUCCGCGUCGCCAAAAUCGACGUCGGGCAUCGUCCUCAUAAACUGCGCCGGGGGGAUGAACAACAAAGUCAAGAGACUCGAUGGAGAUUUUGAUGGGUACGGUUUGCAGUACAAGGCGGUCGUGCCGAUUUUUAGCGUGGUGUUGGCCAUCAUAGACACGGUGCUGAAAAUUGAACCAAUCGCAAAGCCUCUAUUCAACAGCGUGCGAGGGGAAGAAAACGUUCGCGGGGCGCUGGCAAACGUUUACAUGGACGCCAGUCGCGUCGACGAUGGCUUGGUCAAAUCGAUCUGCGGCGCCGCGAACAGAGAAGGAGCUUUCAAGGCUUUCGUGAACAUAUUGACGGGUCCCGCCGGACCGCGUCCAGAGGAGCUCAUGCCAAACGUCGAGUGCCCGAUACUCAUCCUGUGGGGUAGCAAGGACACGAUCACCCCGCUCGAUUUCCCACUGGGACAAUAUUUCUUCAACCUUGAGAAGACGCGCGUCGGUAAAAAAACGGACUUCGUUCAGUUCGACGGAGAAGGCCACUGCGUCCAAGACGACAACCCAAAGCUCGUCAACGAAGCCAUAGGUACGUGGGUCGCGGGAUUACCGUGA